CCUUGGCAAAACCCUCCCUCCAGACGGUAGCACGACAGACCCUGGCACCGCUCCAGUAAGGCUCCAGCUCCCACCUCUCGGGGAUCGACCCUCACCCGCGUCCUCCCCCACCCCGCUCCCCGCAAGGGCAUCCCUGUACCCUCUCUUUAGCCGAAGCCUGGCGUCCGUGGACUACUCGGAGCGCCAGCCCGUGGCACUCAGCCAGGCAGAGCCCCGGAGCUGGCGCGGGGCCAGCCUCUCCCGUUGCAGGAUGGCUAUGACUGACGUGCUCAGCGCUGAGGAUAUCAAAAAGGCUGUGGGAGCCUUUUCAGCGGCUGAAUCUUUUAACUACAAGAAGUUUUUCGAGAUGGUAGGAUUGAAAAAGAAGAGCCCAGAAGAUGUGAAGAAGGUUUUCCAUAUUCUUGAUAAAGAUCGAAGUGGCUUCAUCGAAGAGGAAGAACUAAAGUUUGUACUGAAGGGCUUUACCCCAGAUGGAAGAGACCUCUCAGACAAAGAAACGAAGGCUCUGCUGGCUGCUGGAGACAAGGACGGUGAUGGCAAAAUCGGCGCUGACGAAUUUGCAACUCUGGUGGCUGAAUCAUAAAGGCUUUGACCAAUGCAAACCCUUCACCCAUCCUUCACUGCCCAAUUCCAACCACCUCCUGCUGACUGCUUUGGCUCCUGUUCUAUUUAUUUAUGUUAUUUUAUACUCCAGCUCUGUUCUCUGCAAUCCUGCAACUCGGUAAUUGUGCUGAAAGACACUGUUAAAAUAAUAAAGGUCACAUCAAUCUGGGCUU